CUUCUUGGGCUGUGUGUUAUUGAUGUGUGACGUCAUCUCAAACCAACUGUGAACACUUUUUCUCUCUGCGGAAUCAAUCUAUCAGAUUUUUGUUUUUCAAGGCUAUAAGAAAAAUCGACCCUUUCUUUGUGGCUAGACUUGGACGCCUAAAUCGUACGCGACCCUGAUCCGUUUAGGAGACGCACAAAGUCUCUUCCUUUACCCUCCCUCACGUUCCUCUCCGACAUUUUCAAUUUUCUCCGGGUCGGGUCAAUGUCAAGAACGACGGGAACUGUAUAUAAUCUUCGAAUCACGCGAGCGAACUCAUCAAUUGGUGGAUCUCGUAUUCAAUUUUUGGGAUAGAUUCCUGUGAAUUAUUUUCACCCUCGAGAGAUUUUUAGGGUUUAAUCAAUCGUUGCGGAGAUGAUUGAACACGGGAGCUCGUCCUUGGAUUACCGGAGCAUUAGAGAGGCCGCUUGCAACGCCGGCGCCGGAGCUACCGCAGGGGCAAUCGCGGCGACUUUUGUUUGCCCAUUAGAUGUGAUCAAAACAAGGUUACAGGUUCUUGGUCUCCCGGAAACUCCAACCUCGGGAAAAAGAGGUAGUGUAAUCAUUACAAGCCUACAGAAUAUAGUAAAGAAUGAAGGUUUUAGGGGAAUGUAUCGAGGGCUUUCACCAACUAUCAUAGCUCUCCUCCCAAAUUGGGCUGUCUACUUCUCAGUUUAUGGGAAGCUGAAGGAUGUACUGCAGUCAAGUGAUGGCAAGCUUAGUAUUGGGGCCAACAUGGUAGCUGCUGCCGGUGCUGGAGCUGCCACAUCUAUUGCAACUAAUCCACUUUGGGUUGUGAAGACAAGAUUAAUGACGCAAGGAAUUAGGCCGGAUGUCAUACCUUACAAAAGUGUAAUGUCUGCUUUUAGUAGGAUUUGUCAUGAAGAAGGGUUGCGAGGAUUGUACAGUGGUAUUUUGCCUUCUUUGGCGGGAAUAAGCCAUGUCGCGAUCCAGUUUCCAGCUUAUGAAAAGAUUAAGCAAUACAUGGCAAACAUGGAUAAUACAUCCGUCGAGAAUCUGAGUCCUGGGAAUGUUGCUAUUGCCUCUUCAGUCGCGAAAGUACUUGCCUCUGUUUUAACUUACCCACACGAGGUAAUUAGAGCCAAGCUUCAAGAACAAGGGCAAAUGAGAAACGCUGAGACUAAGUAUUUGGGAGUCAUUGAUUGCGUCAAGAAGGUGUUUAGAAGCGAAGGGAUUCCUGGAAUGUACCGUGGAUGUGCGACUAAUCUACUGAGGACAACUCCAUCAGCAGUUAUUACAUUUACAACCUAUGAGAUGAUGCUUAGAUUUUUCCGACAAGUUGUGCCACCAGAGAUGGACGAUCACAAAAGAGAAGAGAAAAGUGAGAGUUUAGUUAGUCGACGAGGAGGAGGAGAGGAAGAAGAAGAAGAAGAGAAAGAUUCGGCUUUGAGAGAACCACAAACUCAAUCUAAUAAGAUCAACACUUCCCCUAUCCCUCUUGGAAGCAAAUAAGAUCAACACCUCCCCUAUCUUUCCAGACUCGAGACAUGCUUCAUAGAUUUUCUUUUCUUCUAAAGUCAUGUUCCAAUUAAGUAAUUUUUUUCCCUUGCGGUGAUCAAGUUGUAACCUUUUUUGUUCUAACAAAUGUGUAACCUAUCGAUAAAUACCUUUUGGCCUUUUUGAUGAUCA